AAACUAAAAACAAACGUCAACUUUUAAAAAAAAAUUACGAUUUUGCUUUUUCAUUUUUCUAUAAUUUUUAGUAGGUAUUGCAGACUGCGGCUGGUUAUACAGUGUCACAGAGUAACAAUUAACAGUCGACAUCGUUACAAUAUUAAAUUUAUUAACAUUUACUUACUAUAAAGUAUUAUAAAAGUAAUUGUGAUUAGGUUUAGAAAUUAUAAUUAUUUAAAAAUAAAAAUUAUAACAACAUAGCACUAUUAGUGAAUAAGUAAUUGAUAGUAUUAUUUUUUCGGAAACUGACGCCAUCAAUAAUGCCAUGAACCUAGCUUGCCCACUAUUGAUUGUUGUCCUACUGAUAUUUUGCGUGCGUUCAGCACAGCCAUCUACAGGGCCUGGGAAAACGACAAUCUAUGAAACAGAAUGUAAACAUCUACGAAUGGGCCAAUUCAUGUGCCCUGAUGAUGGGUAUGAAUUCAUUGACCCAGAAACGCAGCAGUUGCGUGGAUGUACCAAAGACAAUGUUGCUCAAGUUCGGUGUAAAGCAAGUGAUGGUAUUGUCUGCUUAGAAACCAAAAACUCGACCUUUUGGAAAGAAUUUCCAUGUAAAUGGACCAACGGUUACCAUUAUGACACAACACUGUUAUUGUCCAUAUUUCUGGGCAUGUUUGGUGUGGAUCGUUUCUAUCUAGGUUAUCCAGCAAUUGGUUUACUAAAACUAUGCACGCUUGGGUUCAUGUUCAUUGGCCAGUUGGUCGAUGUAGUACUUAUUGCAACACAAAUUGUUCGUCCGGCUGAUGGAUCACAUUAUAUAAUUCCCUAUUAUGGUCCUGGUAUUAACUUUAUACUCAUGGAUAAUGAAACUUACAGACAACCACAAGAUGAUUGGUUUGUUGAUCAUAAUGAACUUUAAAAAAUAAGAUAAAAUGAUAGGUACUAUGUUUGGAUUAAGUAAAUUUACUAUUAUUAUUUAUUACCAUGAAAUGUUAUGAAAUGUAUUAAUUAUUUUAUAUAAUAAAUUAUAUUUGCUAUCUAA